GCAGCUACCCGGCAAGGACCUCGGGGUGUUGGGGGGCAUGGAGGGCAUCGUGGGCAGGGCAGCAGAGAAGAUGAGACGCCUCAUGGAGGAGGAUCUAUGCACGCUGCGCCGCUGUUUGAAUGACCUUGCUGCAGCUGUUGAGGCCUUCGGCUCUGCUUUACUUCCCGUCUGCCGUCCCCCGCAAAUGCCACCUCCCUUGCAUGCACCUGACGCAACAGCCGCCUCUCUAGCAGAACCUGAGUUGGCAGUUGCAGCACCUUUCACUUCUGGCGCGCAACUGGCAACACUAGCAGCGUCACCACCAGCAGCAACAGCCGCAGUCACAGCACCAGCACCAGCACCGGCACCAUCACCAAUGUCAUCGCAAUUUCGAACAGCAUCAGCAGCUUCAGUGUCACCCUCCCUAUCAGCAGCACUGUGGGAUGCACAUAUGGCGUGGGAGGAGGCAUGGCAGGAGAGACACAUGUACCCUGAGGAACCCAUCUUCACCGCGCUCCAUCUCUCAGUUUUCGAGAGGUGGGCUGGGGACGUGGCAAAUAUGUUUCACAAGGAGCUGCUGGUCAAGCGACUCAUACUCUCUUCACUCAACGCAGCAGUCAGCCUGGAAGCCACCACCAACACUCCAAUCACCACCGCCCGUAGCCCACUCAGACUCCCUCUCAACAUCCCUCCACUGUGCCUGCCAUGCACCGGCCCGCCACCUGCUGCUGUGCCUGCUCCCAGACCUGCCACUGCUGCUGCACAUGCGAGCACAGAAGUUUUCACUGAAGCAGUUGAAGGCAGGGUGAGAACAGCAGGAGCAGAUGGAGAUGCAGCCACAUCACAGUGCGAGCGCGAGGACAGCAGUAAGACACCAGAGGCAAGAGAAGAAGCGGCAGAGAGAGAGGCAGUGGGAUGUUUGCAGGGAGAAGGGAUGGGGAUUAGUGGCAGGGAUACAGAGGCAGUGAUCAAUGGUGAGAGUGAGGGAGGAGGGCGUGAGGGGCGUGGUCAGGGAGGGAGUAUACUGUUGGACGGGCAGAAUGUAUGGAAGCGUCAGGCAUGGACAGAGGGACAGGCAUGGGCACAGGGGUUUGGGGCAGCAGAGGGAUUCGAGUGGGUGGUGAUGCAGCAGCGGUUGGAGCAGUCGGGGCUGCUUGCCCGCCCGCCCACGCCACAACAGCUACAGGUGUGUCUGGUGGCAUGGCUGGUGGAGAUGCACGUUGACUCUCGGCACCUCUCCUCCAUCUUCGCUGCUGUAGACGAGGAGGUGAAAAGUGCAGCAGCAUAA